CGCUCAAACGAGGUAAAAGUGAGAGUCUGCUGCUCCUCAAUCAGUCUGGACUCAAACCUUCAGCAGCUGCAGACGUCCUCUGUCCCGAGUCCCAUCUUGUCCGUCAUGAAGAGCAAAGUGUGCUUGGUGAUCUUGGCAUGUGUGUGUUGCGUCACACCGGCCUCCUGCUGGCACGACCUCGACAACAGCGAAUACGACUGUUGGCCUCUGGACCAACCCAAUGAGUCCAACAUGAUCAGCUGCGGAGGUCUGGAAAUGGCAUGGGUGCUGCGGCCUCCGGAGGCGGUGAAGAGCGGCCAGGUGUUCAACGUCAUCUACUCAGUCUCCGCCCACGACUCCUUCUACAACUGGGCCGCCGACAACCGCCUUUUCCCUCACAGCUCCAUCAGCAACGCCGACGACGCUCGGUGGUUCUGUGAAUAUCACGAGUGUCCCGCGAACUGGAAAGAUGCCGACGGUGAAAACUGCUGCAUUCAUCACGCCAACAUCCACUCCUGCCCGCUGGGACACAUGACGUCAGAGAGCAUCUGCGGUCCGUGGAUUCCUGACGACGGGAAGAUCUUCACACACACCAUCUCCACAUCGGGCAAGAUGACGCAGACCAACUGGAGCGCCAAGGUGGUUCUGCUCCACGCGGGCCUGACUUCACUCAUCGCUCACAUCCGAGUAGGUCGCAUGCAGGUGGCGUUGGAGGCCAAGAGCACGGUGUUGCCUUCUGCAGUCUGUGGCGAUGGAGACUGUCAGGAGGAAGAGCUCUGCUCCACCUGUCCUGCCGAUUGCGGCCAAUGUCCCAUGACGCCGUCCACCAAACUGGCCAUCGGGCUGCCACUGAGCCUGCUGAGCCUCUGCUUCGCCCUGACCGUCAUGUGGCUAAGGUACCAGAAACGUCGUCUGCUGUGGGACGAGAGCUGGAUUAUCGACUUUGACCUCAUCAAACAAGAUCAGGACGCGCGUAUGACCAUGGGCAGCAUGAUGAGCGUGGCGGUGGCGCACAGCGACAGCAACGCCAGCUGUCUGACGACCCUCACUUCCUGUGCAGGCCAAGCAGGAAGCAGGAAGACAACCUUCACCUGCACAGGCAUCUAUGACGGCAGGAUGGUGGCCAUCAAGAAGAUUGACAGCAAGUCCUUCUCUCUGUCCAAAACUAUUAGACAGGAAGUCAAACAAGUCAGGGAGUUGGACCACCCAAACUUGUGUAAGUUCAUCGGCGGCUGUGUGGAAGUGCCAAACGUCGCCAUCGUGACUGAAUACUGCCCCAAAGGAAGCCUUAACGACGUCCUUCUUAACGAGGAGAUCCCACUCAACUGGGGCUUUAGGUUCUCCUUCGCCACAGACAUCGCCAAAGGAAUGACAUACCUUCACCAGCAUCGCAUCUGUCAUGGCCGCCUCAGGUCUGUCAACUGUGUCCUGGACGACCGCUGGGUGUGCAAGAUCACCGAUUACGGGCUGAGGGUGUAUCGCAGGGAGGAUGGGGCGGAGUUUCUCACCGCCUAUCGCCAGAGGCUGCAGGAAGUGUACAUGCCUCCUGAGUUUCCCAACGCCAACGUGGAGCCCACCUUGGCUGGAGAUGUGUUCAGUUACUCCAUUAUCCUGCUAGAGAUCGCCACACGUAGCGACCCCGUGCCUGUGGACGAUUCCUGUCUGGAGGGUUCAUGGUGUCCACCUCUGCCCGAGCUCAUCUCCUGCAAAGCCGACAACACCUGUCCGUGUCCUGCCGACUAUGUGGAGCUCAUCCGACGAUGUGGCGCUCACAAUCCCGCCCAGCGACCCACCUUUGAACAAAUCAGGAAGUUUGUCUAUCGCAUAAACCCCAACAAAGUCAGCCCAGUGGACAUGAUGAUGAACCUGAUGGAGAAGUACAGCAAACAUCUGGAGGUGCUGGUGGCUGAACGAACACAAGAUCUGAUGCACGAGAAGCAGAAGACCGACAGACUUCUUUACAGUAUGCUCCCUCGCCAGGUGGCUGACGACCUCCGACAAGGAAAGCAAUCGCAGGCUCAGAGCUAUGUCAGCGCCACCGUCUUCUUCAGUGACAUCGUGGGCUUUACGCAGCUGUCCAGCAGCAGUACUCCUUACCAGGUGGUGGACUUCCUCAACAAGCUCUACACCACCUUCGAUGACAUCAUCGACAACUACGACGUCUACAAGGUGGAAACCAUCGGAGAUGCUUACAUGGUGGUGUCGGGCGUUCCAAGUGAGAACGGCAUCCUUCACGCCGCCGAGAUCGCCAGCAUGGCAUUGGAUCUGGUGGGCGUGUGUCGCACCUUCAACAUUCCUCACAAGCCCAACACACAACUCCAGAUCCGAGCCGGCAUACACGCAGGUCCUGUGGUGGCGGGGGUGGUGGGCACCAAGAUGCCCCGCUACUGUCUGUUUGGAGACACCGUCAACACGGCGUCCCGAAUGGAGUCCACCAGCCUGGCACUGAAGGUCCAGUGCAGUGUGAGCGUCUUUUACCUGCUGGAGGAGAUCGGCGGCUAUGUGUUGACAUGCAGAGGAACGCUGCAGGUCAAGGGGAAAGGUGACAUGGUGACCUACUGGUUGGACGGAAAGACGUCGGACAUCAAGCCCGCUAAAAGCGUCACCUUGGCGACAUCCAAAGAGCUAGCCUUGUCGCUGCCAGGCUCGCUCAACCGCGACCUUUAAACCACCGCCACCUAGCUGUUAGCAGUGAGCAUUAGGACAGGCUCACAUAAGCGCCCUCAAACUGUAACAUUGACCAUGAUUUGAGGGCAACAAGAUGGCUGACAGACGGUCCUGAUAAUCAUUAUGUUCAUUUUUGUUUCUACUGAGAGUUUUGUAAUGCUGAUAAUAACAAUGAUCAUCAUAAUACUGUCACUUACUGUACUUCCCAGUUUUGUAAUAAUGCACAUUAUUUUUAUUUCCUUCAAGUUAAACAUGGUGGGUCUUAUUUACUAAGAUACAAAUACCACAUGCUAAAUAACGUGUGCAAACUAUAAAAUUGUGUGUACUAUUAGUGAACGUGUUGCAGGUGAUCUACUAACACUACAUGUACAAUUGAUAACAAGUGCAAAAGUAGUGCAGACCACCCUAUUUAAAUGUGGAUUUUGCGUGUGCGAGCAACAGUCACCAUGGAGACACUCAUUUCCCUCCACAUUAAUAACGUUAUAGGCGCCAAUGGUCCAACCUGUGUUGUUUUAUGUUGUGGAAUAUGCAGCACACACCACCUUUUCUAGGCGAAAUACUGUGGAAGUGUAAUCUAAACACAAUGGAUCCUAAUUUUAGCACGCCAAAUUUGCGCUCUCUGUUGUGAUUAUACGCCAGGAAUGAUCCAGAAAAUUAUGCAAGAAUGCAUGAAAAUGCAUAUUGCAAAACGUUUCUUCAUGUAGGAAAUAUAUUAACAUAACUCCAAUUUGAAAAUAAAUUAACGCCAUAAAAAAAUUUAAACGCCCGCAAACACCAAAACGAAUCAAUUGAAUAUGAUUUAAUCAGCCACUUAAGUCAUCCAACAACUCUAAAAUUAUAAAAAGAUAUUGCUGAAUAGACAAUGUGUCUAAUAUAUUUUAUUUUUGACAGUCUAAAUUAAAAGGGGUGUCAAAAAAAAAAAAAAGAUUUUCAGAAUAAUUGUGAUUCUUAUUUGCAACGAUUCUUAAUUGAUUCAAAAAUAUCAAAAAUCGAUUUAUUUAUUCAUUCAUUUUCAACCUGUCCUCUCAGGCAAACUAUAUUGUUGAUGUAGAUGCAUAUCUGCUGUAUAGAUUUACUUUAGAAAAGAAAAUUGUUGGAUACUUCCCUUGUUGCCUUAUUUGAAUUUGACUUCAUUAAAUGUUUGGGAAGCAUUUUAUUAAACAAUCUUUUUUUUUUUUAAGUAAUAUCGAAACUGAUCAGAUCUGUUUAUCUAUUUUAUGGAGGAUUGUAGGUAAUCAUAAAACUGGCAUCCAAUGUUAUUAAAAAAGUAUAGAUUUUGAAUUGAGAAUUGUUUUGAAUCGAGAAUCGAUUCUGAAUCGAAUCCUUCCCCCGAGAGUCAAAUCAAAUCGAAUCGUGUGGUGCCCAAAGAUUCACAGACCUAUUAAAUAUGUUGACACACAUAUAAAACUAAGGAUGAUCUGUUCACCGUCUGUCUUUGCAGCCUCCUUUCUCAUAUCCAUUUGUGCAUAGGUGUGUGAGUUUGUGCGCACAUUUCAAACGUUCUAAAAAUGGACACAAAACAGUGGCCGCAGAACAGCUUUCGUCCUGAUAAAUCACAUUGAGUGCUAAAUGAUUAUAUUUGCAUCUCCUCCUCCUAGUAUUGUGGGUGUUCUGGUAAUCAACAUAUAUAACAAAACACAUUAAAUGGAUUGCACUCUCUAUUUAGCUCAUUUUACAGACGUAAACAUUUAGUAUAGUAGGCUUAUGUGUGUUUGUGUGUGUGCAACACAGAUGCAAAGCAGCUUUUUAAUUAUACGUUGCUGUCUACAAGCACAUGCAAAGCAGCUUUUUUAUUAAGUCUGCGUGUGUGUGUGUGUGUGUGUGUGUGUGUGUGUGUGUGUGUGUGUGUGUGUGACUGUGUGUGGUUGUGUGUGUGUGUGUCAAGUGGUCAUUGGCUCUCUGCUCUGAAGCCCACUCUCCAGCUUGCUCAUUCUACAAAGCAUUUACACAUCUGAGACAAAUGUGCACUAAACCUUCAGAGCAACACUUCGCUUGCGCUUGUGUGUGUGUGUGUGUGUGUGUGUGUGUGUGCGUGUGUGCGUGCGUGCGUGUGUGCGUCACAUGAUUUAGUUACAGAAUACAUCAGAGGACGUCCAACAAAGCUGUGUGUGUUUCCAUGGUUUCUUCGCUUGCAGUGAAUUCCUGUUUAUUCCUCUUGUCUGAAAUGGAAUACAGUGGUACCUCUGGAUACGAGUUUCAUUCAUUCUGUGACUCUGUAUUCGUCUCAUGGCUCAUUCAAAGGAUAUCAAAUAAAUGUUAUCAUUGCUAACCCUCCAAAACAGCACAAUUUUAAUAUGGAACAUGUCUUUUAAAAGAACAACAACCUUUUGGAUAAGAAAUAUUGUAUGAAAAACCAUACAAUAGAACAGACCUGGGCAAAUUAAGGCCCGGGGGCCACAUGCGGCCCGUUAAGCUUUUCAGUCUGGCCCGCCGGACAUUCCCAAAUAAUAUUUUUUUAGAUCUUUAAGAUAGAAACUGUAGCUGCCAUUAUGAUGUGCAGUGAUGUUUUCAAAUGACCGUAAGUCUUGAACUAUACAAAGUAUUUCAAUGGUUGGAAUCUGCGCUUAUGGAUGAUAUACCAGUUACUAUGGUAAUCUAAUUAGUUACUAUGGUCAUCUAAUUAGUUACUAUGGUAAUCUACGUCACAGCAGCUCAGACGAGGCACCAAGCAGUGUGGGCGGGAAGCGUUUCCACAGACGCGGAAGGAGCUUUUCACAACAAAGUUCUAAAGCUUAGUGAUAUAUCAGAUUGUAGGUGGGUUUAUUUUGUACCCUUCGCGUUCAUAUUUCACUGUUUGUUGCAUUUUUGUUGCGUUUCACUUGAUUGCAAAAUAUGCCGAUCGAAAGGGGGUGUGACAUUCAUAUUUUGUCAAUAUUCAAUGAUUUAUCGUUCAUAGAAAAAUCUAAAAUUCCAUUACGUUUUUUAAGACGGUCUGUCAUAACGUUUUUAGCAUUCAAUCAGACAUUAUUGUGAAGUUUUGUUUUAGUCUCCCUAAAAAUAGAUAUACCGGCCCCCAGACACAUUUUUUUCUCUAAAUGUGCCUGAGUCAAAAUAAUUGCCCAGGCCUGCAAUAGAAUAUAGCUAUGAAGGUUGUCAUUCAUUCAGGUCGUUGUCAUCUCAGGGUGUUCAAUCGUUCGCAACUGGACUGCUUGGUUUGUCUUGGAAGACGUUUCGCCGCUCAUCAGUUUGUGCUCAUAGAUUUGUAAAAAUGUACUGCCUCUCCUGCCUUCAGGCGAUACCUGUCUUUUAAUAUCACAUUGCAGUCUUGCUUGCUUGAAAAGAGAAGCAAAUGAAGAACUGUCUAUUAUUUCUAUCCAUCCAUUUCUACCGCUUGUCCCUUUCAGGGUCGCGGUGGGUGUUGGAGCCUAUCUCAGCUGCAUUCUAAAUGGUUUAAAUUUCAUAAAAUGUCACUUAAUGUUACAAAAAUAACUGAUUUUUAGUACGAAAAACAAAAGAUAUAAUAAAAAUACAUAUAAGUAUUCCUUUGAUGGCAUCAAAAUUAACCUGGUUAUUGCUGAUGAAAAUUAACUUGGAAACAACAUACUGAAAUUGUAUAGGGCAAGAUGAUGAAAUUAUUAUAUUAUUAUUAUGUAGGUAUUUUGAAUAAAGGUUGUUAUUUUAUUAAUCAUUCUUGUAUGAUGAUAUUACAUUACAGUUGAAUACAUACACAUUCAUUACAGUUGAAUACAUACACAUAUAAUGUAUUAUAAUAGUUUUUGGCGUGCUACUUGUCAAUCAAUUUUCCAUAUUUUUAAAGACUUCUUAAAAAUUCUUCUGAUAUACAUAAUUACUCAACAAGACACUGUCGUGACUUAAGUAGUAUAUAUUCUAAGCAAACCAGCUCUUCAAUCCACAACUGUUUUAAUAUUGAAAAAAAAAACAAUUGAAGGCUAUGUUGGUCUUGAGUGAUCUAUGAUGAGUAUGUGUAUUGCAUAUGUAUUGCAUUUGACUUUAUUCUUGUUGCUGUGAUAAAUUGUGAUG